UAAUGUCCUCCGAAUCUAAUAAAUUAUUAGGCGUUGUUUUGCUUACCCGUCAUGGAGAUCGAGAAGGUUUCUAUCAAGACCCUACAACAUACACACCAUAUAACACGGCCCUCACGCCCCUCGGAAAUCAACAAGAAUUCCAAUUAGGGCAAUUGCUCCGAGCCCGUUAUCUCAAUGCUUCGUCUCCUUUUUUGAUUCCAGGCUUGAACACCACUCUCGCCAACGAGACCGAAAUAUCGAUCCGUGCUGAUGCCGGAGGAGAACCUGGUGUUAUCUUUAAUUCUGCUCUCGCUCUUCGAGUCCAUCCAUGAUUCUAAUUUUGUCAAAGCCCUUCCCCCAACAUAUCUCGCGCAAGCUCGGGAUUUGGCUAAUUGGCAUGAAUACAACAUUUUCAGCUCUCCGCAACUCAAUGGCGUUGGCAAAAUUGCUGGAAGGACUAUUCUGCCAUCAAUUUUGAACGGCUUCGCAACUAUCGCAAACCCUUCAGGCCCAUUGAAAAAUUUCUAUCAAGCCAUCUCUUACAAGCCCUUCAUUUCCUUGUUCAAUAUGACUGGCAUUGCCGAAUGAAUCCGGAGCUUGCAGGCAUUGGUAAAUCACUCGAUGUUGUAUCACAUUAGCCAAUAUUUUCAAGAUCUUUUUAUCU